AUACGAGCUUGCAGUAUUUACUACUUAAGUUGGUAUUGUCGUAGACAAUUGGCUUUGCAGGGUAUUGCAUUUAUUACCGGAUAGUGAAGCAGCUAAUUUUAGCGGUUAGCUCAGUGAGCUACAGAGAACAAUGUCGGCCGCCAGCAGAAACAGGACUCCUCUGCUGCCUUCCUUUAUGGAGUAACUUGCGGAGGACGUUUCCUUUCUGCGGUUUCACAGUCGACUGAUAGUAAAAUUAGUAAGGCCUGCUGUUUCGUUUCUGUUUUAAUAACGAAUGUUAGUUAAAUUUAAAGCGUAGGGACACUGGACUUCGCACCUGCAUAUUGCUAGGUAUACGAAGAGAAGUGGAAUGACGCAUCUCAUGUCUUGAAGACGCUUGGCUUUGGCAGUCAUCUGCUUGUAGGUUUUAGAGGUCUGGAUAGUGUUGCGACCUAUGGAUGUCAGCAUGGAGCCAGUGGAAAAUAAAAAUGCCAUUGAUGGUGGGAAUAAGUCAGAGGACCAGCAGAGCCAGUCAGAAGACGCAGAGUCAAGUGUUAGGCCAACAUUGUCACAGGUUAGAAAGUCCUGGGGGUUCAGACGGACAACCAUUGCUAGAAGGGAGUUUAUGGAUGAAGUCGGAGACCUAUCGCACAGUCCUCCAGUUGUUCGUCGGGGCAGAGGUCGUAGAACCAACCAGACACCCCAAACCACUACAGAGACCUCCUCUACAGAGAAACCUGCUCGAACAGCUAGGAGUGUUUUAGAUGACCUCCAGUGGUCUGCGCCGUCCUCACCUGUCUCAGAGGAUAGCAAGCCAGCCUCAGAAGCUUCUGCUGGAGGUAGUCUGGAUCCCAGCUUAUGGCAGGAUUUUGGGUCUGCCUUCCAUACAGCCUUCUCAUUGCUAGGGGGGGAUGGGAGCCUGUCCGUGACAAUGUCGGAUGCACUGGCAGUGCCCAACAUUUUAGAAGCCACUGAUGCCAUUAAAAUCCCCGAUCCACAGGCUAUAGACGAAACUGAGGUGCCGGAUAAUGUGGGUGACAUGGAGAUGAAUCUGCCGGUUACUUCUGAAAAUGUGGCCGGGAUGGAGAUCAAUGAUGUGAUUUUCAUCUCUAGUCAAGAAGAAGACAGUGAUGACAUGACUCUGAUACAAAUUAAGGAGCAGCUGGCUUCUAGUGGCAGGCAGGGAGAGACAAAGGCAAGAGGGGGGAGAGGUGGCAGAGGAAGGGCCAGAGGAAGGGGUAGAGGCAGAGGAAGAGGUAGGGGAAGGGGUAGAGGCAGGGGAAGAGGGAGGGGCAGGGCAGCGGCGCUUCGAUCAAGCAUUGCAAAUGAUGAGGACAAUGAAGAUGAUGUGAUGCUUGUUUAUUCAACUGAGCAGCGACAUUUAGAGGAAGCAGAAAAAGAAAAUUAUCCACACAUCCCUCCUGAAAUACAUGUAUCACCCCCUCACUCUGAUAUUGCUGUGAGUCCUGCUCAACUAUCAAGCUCAGACUGCAUAAUCAUAGACAAUGAUUUAGACCAAAUUACUGAUGUAAUUCCUGGGCAGUAUGAUGAUGCGCCAGAGGAGGAGAUGGAGACAAAAGAUGCUACGAAUAUAGGAGAACAUUCAAGCAUAUCAAACACUAAGGGAUACGACUCCAAUGCUUUGUGCUGCAUCUGCCGACAGAAGCAAGACAAGAGGGUCAUGAUCUGCUGUGACAGUUGCCAGGAGUGGUUCCAUGGUGACUGCAUUGGCAUCAAUGAGACACAGGACCAUCAGAUGGAGAGGAAUGGGCAAGAGUACACUUGCCCUCCCUGCAGUAUGAAGAAGCUGACCCAGCUCCAAUCCGAGUCCCACCCUCAGCCAGAACCUGAAUAUAGCUCUCCUGAGUGCUUGACAUCAGUUCCUCCUGGUGAUGAAGGGUUGCGGCAAGAGGAGCAGCGAGCAAUAAAGGAGAGUGCAUUGAUUGAUGACAAAGAGGAGAAGGAGGAGGAGAUUCCUGUGGCAAGGCCAGAACCUGAACCUGAAGUUGAGAUGGACACGGACAGCUCUUUUCCUCUGUGCAUUGGGCCUGGCUGCUCCAAACAAGCAUUACCAGAUUCUGUUUACUGUGGCACUGACUGCAUCCUUCAGCACGCCGCUUUCACUAUGAAGACACUCUCUGGCCCAAAGGUGCCUAAGUCAAAAGGAUGGGCCCAGAGGAAAGGUGCCCCAGCCAGACCUGCUGCAAAGGUGCAGAGGUCAGUUCGGGUAUCAAAGAGGUUGGCAGAAAAAGCUGAGGAGAAGGGUGAAGCAGCGGAAAGAAGGGAGGAUGAUGGAGAGCAGGAGGCAGCUGCAUCUCCUACAGCCUUUGACAACAGUCUCACAGAAGUACAGGCCACUUCCAUACCAUCAUCUAAGUUUUACACAACGUCUAAUGAUGACAGUAAACAGGAAGAGGCUGACAGUGAGGCUGCAUCUCCUUCAACACAAUGUCCAGAGGAACCACCGACAGAUAUGGCUCUGCUUUCCCAGCCUGCAACCAAAGCAGCCCCACCACAGAGCCACUCUCAAGAAAAAGCAAAGGAACCGGUUAAUAGCAGUGUGCCAAAGCAUGAAACUGAAGAAUCAGGUCCCUCCAUGCCAUGCACCACAGCAAAAUCUAGUCCGACCACACAAUCCCCAACCACCUCAGCACCCAGACAUCACCAGACUGGGGCCCUCGUGGUCACUAAGACCACUUACGUCAUACCAAAGAAGCAGUCUGGCUCUCAGUCUCCAUCCAGCCACGUACCAGCCACAGCAUCAUGCCAGAAGCCUUCCUCAGCCCCCAUAAUGCUGAAUGAAACCCGAAAUCUGCCUGUGUCUCCUGCACCCAGUGCACCUUCUUCCAGACCCUCUCAGCCCAAUACGCAGGUCAGACAGAGCAUUCAGCGCUCUCUCAGCAGCAUCCUGUUCAAAAGGGUGUGUGAUUGUGAGGAUUUGGAGAUGUCUGAGAGUGAAGUUGCAAAGCUUGUCGCAAACAUAGAGAUGGAGAUGUUCGACAUAUUUCGCAACACAGACAGCAAAUACAUGAACAAGUAUAGAACUAUAAUGUUCAACCUGAAAGACCCAAGAAACAAGGGCUUACUGUAUCGGGUUGUACAUGGAGAAAUCGGUCCCUUCAGACUGGUCAGGAUGACCCAGAAGGACAUGCAGGCUACUAAAGCACCUGAGCCAAAGGCAAAAGAAACAACUGAGGUUAAGGAUGUAGCUGCUAUAGCCACAUGUUUGCAAAAGCCUGAAGCAGUGAAGGUUGAUUUGCCCAGUUUGAAUCCAACCAGGCCUGACAGAAGACCUAAUGGCACGGAACAGAAGAGAAGUCUUCCUGCUCCUGCUCUCAAGACCAGAGCAAGCCAACCAAACCAGACCAGUGCUGUGCCAGAUAUUCUUGCCUGCAUGCUUAAAGACACAACAUCAGAGCACAAAACUCAUCUCUUUGACCUGAAGUGCAAGAUAUGCACAGGUCAGAUACAACUUGUGGAAGAGGGGGAACCAGCAAAGAAAAAACCCAAAGUAUCUGUAUCAAGAGACAAACAUGCGCCAUCUUGGAGAAAGCCAGCAGGAGGUGAUUCCCCUCUGCGAGCACCAACUGACUCACCUGACAUGGAUUCUCCAGCAUCUUCUCUACUGGAACUUUCAUCCCACUUUAUUAUUGACCCUUCACCACUGACUAUUGUAGAAUCACCUGCUUCUCCUAUAAUGGAUUCUCCAGCAUCCCCUACUUUAGAGUCUCCUGCUUCCCCCAUCAUGGAGUCCCCUGCGUCCCCAACUCCAGACACUUCUAAAGCUGCUUCACAAAAGAGAGAAUAUACACCAGUUGUAAUUCCAGCUGUCUCCACAGUCACAAUCACAAGACGUGACCCCCGCACGGCAGCAAACAGGUUCUCUGCUUCAUCCAGUAGCACCUCUCAUUCCAGUAACACAACCCAUAACAAAGGAGCUCCUUAUGUCCCUAUUAAAGAGGCUACUACCUCACAUUCGGCACCAGCAUCCUCACGACCACCAACAAAAACAUUACCUAAAUCAAUCUUAAUGAAGCCAUCUUCCACUGCAGAUCCCCGACUUUAUGGCACAUCUUCAAGGACCUCUGACACCCCAGCUGAUGUCCAGACCACUCAGUUCCUGGCUAAGCAAGACAUAUUGUGGAAAGGCUUUUUAAACAUGCUGAGUGUAGCCAAGUUUGUCACCAAGGCAUAUAUGGUUUCAGGACCUGCUGAAAAUCUUAAAGCGGACCUACCUGAUACCAUACAAAUUGGGGGACGAAUCAUGCCUGAGACUGUGUGGGACUAUGUUACAAAGCUAAAGACCUCUCUUACUAAGGAAUUAUGUGUGAUCCGGUUUCACCCUGCAACAGAGGAGGAAGAGGUGGCAUAUGUCUCCUUGUUUUCAUAUUUCAGCAGUAGACGUCGUUUUGGUGUGGUUGCCAAUAUUAGCAAUUCCAUCAAGGAUGUCUACCUUGUUCCACUCAGUGCAAAGGAAUCAAUCCCAUCCAUACUGCAACCUCUUGAAGGACCAGGAUUUGAAAAAAAACGGCCUAAUCUUCUUCUGGGUCUGGCAAUUGUCCAGAGGGCAAAACGUCCAGGAUGCCUGCCUCAGGAAACUGAGGAGAAGAGACCUAGGGUUCACAUGUCCAAAGAUCCUAUGUGGAUACCAAAACCACCUGUCCUCUAUGGUUCUGACAAAUUGGAGAUAUUCCAACCCUAUGAUCCAGAGACUCCUGCUAAUACCACUCCUCCUGCUUCACCACCUUGCCCUGGGUCACCAUCAGACUCUUCCUCUUCUGGUUCAGUUACCAUGCCCUCUGUUUUGACCUCAGUUAGAGCGACUCCCCCUGUUUCUACCUCAGCGACUGUUGUUGCCACACAGUCCACUUGUAAUAGCAUCUCUGAAAAGGAUCUCACCACAUCAUCCAGUGACAAGACACCACUAAACACUAUCUUGAAGACUUUAUUUGGCAAUAAGCAGUCUGACUCCACUGUCUCAUCUGAUGGAAAUUCUGCAAAAACAACAUUAAGUGCUAAGAAGAUGCCAGUGUUUAAUCAGGUGUCUGGAACAAUGGUGGAUCCAAUUGUCCAACAGUAUGGACAGCAAUCUAAAAUCAAAGAGAUAGAAGUAGAGGAAAAUGAACUUGAUCGACCAUACGACCCAGAAGAAGAGUAUGAUCCAACAUUGGGAUUUAAAACGGUUGCUCCACAGACCAUGAAAAAAAUUAAGGCAGAUGAGCCCACAUUAUCAGGCGUUGUGGAGGAAGAUGUGGCCUAUGAUCCAGAGGAUGAGACUAUCUUUGAAGAUAUUCAAAGUGGUAUUGCUGUAAAAAGGCCCCCUGUUCCAACUAAAACGUUAGAUCCUUCAUUAGGUCCAACAGAAGUUCCUUCUUCUACUCCAGCACACACUUCUGUUCAAGCUGCAGUAAAAGCGACCCUUCCUGCAGGCACUGUGGUUGUCUCAGCUGCAACACUCAGUGAACAACAGCGAAUGCUUGAGGAGCUCAAUAAGCAAAUUGAAGAGCAAAAAAGACAGUUGAAAGAGCAGGAAGAGGCACUACGUCAGCAGAGAGAGACUGUGGGUAUGUUCAUGGCUCAUUUUUCUGUUUCGGAUUCCCUGAUGUCACCCCCAUCAAAAUCUUUGCCCCUCAGCCAAUUGUCAUCACUGCAGAGUGGCAAAAUGCAAACAGACUCAAAGCUUUCAGAUUCAACAGACAGUACUGCCAACCUUACAGAGACUGUGGAAAAUUCAAAUAUGGAUUCACAAAUUGUUAAGCUGGAAGACACAACUGCUGUCCAUAAUUUAAUAAAUGAUAUGGAAACUGUUGCUGAGCAAGAUGAUACACAGGAAAAUAUUGAGAAAUGUGACAAAUAUUCCUCUGCUGGAGAGAUUGAAGAUUCUGAUGUGGCCUAUGAUCCUGAAGAUGAAUCACUUUUUAAUGAAAUUCAAGAGGAUGUAUUUAAAGGCACAAGUAUAAAUGCCAGUGAUUCUUUGUCAAGAGCAGGGCAUAGUGGUGGUCACAAAGGUACGUCUCCGAAUUCAUACCACAGCAGAAAGCGAAGGUCGUCACCAAAGAGGCGGAGUCAUCGUGAAAGGGACCACCAUAGAAGUCCUUCAAGAAAGUCACAGCGACGUUCUCCUUCACACUCCCGGCGACGUCGAGACAGGGAUAGACACAGAAGAAGUGAAAGGGACAGGUCAAGGCACCGAGUUAGAGAGCCAUCUGAAAGGCAAGGACGCCAUCGUAAGGACCAUAGUACGCGCCGACAUUCCCAUGGACGUAGAAGGUCCCCGUCAUCUCCUCGAAAAAAAGAUUCUGUGUCCCUUUCUCCAAAGCCGCACAGAGGACCCUUUCCUCAAGUCCCUGGAAAAUCAAAACAUGCAACUGCUCUGGACUCUGUUGAACAAUUUGUAGAGAGUAACACGUCACCAUCUUCGCCAGUUACUGUUAAAAAAGAACUUGAUGGACCUCAGUUAGAAUUUAGUCUUGUUGAGAGUUCUGAAAAAGAUUUUAUUUCUUGUUUACAUGCUAAGCUUGAGCCUUCUGAACCACCAAAAUUUCAGGAGCUUCAAAAAAAUUCCAUUCCACAUCCUUCACUCAGCGGGUCUUCUACACAGGUGGAUAAACCCUCUCAACAAGAAACUCUGCACAAAAACAAAAUUGAAAAUACAGUUCCACUAAGAGAAAUUGAUCCACCCAUUCGAGAUUCUCCUCAGAGCCCCGAUCCAGAACCACAGUUUGUGAAACCUAACAACAUAGAAGCGCAUGACUUUGUUAAGACUGAGGAAAUCCGAGAUCCCCAGGAGCAUACCAGUGUCCCAUUGCCAUUUGGUCAAGCUGAAAAUAAUUGUCUACCCAUUGGUGGUCAAGCAACAAUGUCCAAUAACUCAUGUCCUGCUGUUGGAGAGCCCGUAUCAAAUGCAAGGAACUUAGUUUUUAGAGGUGUAGAUCUAAAAGUCCCUGGUGACAGAGGCCAAUGUGUGAUAAAGAUAGAAAAUCAGAUGUUACCAGAAAAUCCUGGCUUAAGAGACCCUCAAAGGAUAAGUCAAGGGGGAGGACAUCCAAAUCCAACUACACACUCAGAUACACAGAGUAUGAGUGUUCCAGGGAUUAUGAAUCCAAGAUCAGAUAUGAGAGAAACUGGACAUAGGGGGCCACAGAUAGAUUCAGUAAUCCAUGGUCAUUUACUAGGUAGGCUUGUUCCUGAUAAUGGAGGCUCAGGGUCAAGAGAUCCUUUUUCAGCAGUGUAUAAUUUGAAUACAGAUUCAAGGGCACCAGUUGUAGCUGAUGAGAGAACCCAAAAUGUUAGUUGUCCAGAGAAAAGUUUACAGUGUCUAAAAACUCAGAACAGAUCACAGGUAGAAAAUCCAGAUGGCAAGGCAGAUGUGAUGAAAAUAGGGACAAAGAAAUCAUUUGGGGGUCCACAGUUAGAAGAUUGGCUUCCAGAUAUAGGAGAAAGAGGACAAAAAGAUAGAGAUGAAAGCCAACAUUCUGAGGCUUUGAGAUCUGAUGUGACGGGUGGGGGUGUAAGAGAUUCGAGUACAUCUUUUAUGGGCUCAAGAAGAGUUCAGAGGCAGUCAAGGCACGAUGGCAGUCCAGCUUUAGAAGAAAGGGGCUCCCAGAAUAAAGGCUUUCAGCCACGUGAAAGAGAUGUACCCUUGAGCAGGGGAGCUGGUGUUCAAGAAUGGAGUUUUGAUUCAAAUACAUCUAUAGGCUCGGAGGGAAGACUUCAAAUGGGAGAUAGAUCAGCAACAACAGGUGAAAAACAGGGAGCACAAACAGGUGUGCAUAUGAGAGCACCAGGACCAAACCUAAAUUAUAAAAACGGUGAACCUAACAUGUCUUUCAUUGAACAAGAGGUCCCACAGCCAGAUGUAGAGUUAACAAGGAGCGUAGAUGGCCCUGAUACAAGAGAAUCAGAAAUUAUGCAUGAAACAGGAAGGCCAGAUAUGACUGGAAUAAAUCAUAAGGGACCUAGUCAAGAUGUCUGUGGCAUAGGAUGCACAGAUACAAGAGUUGAUAGAAGAAGCUCAGGUAGAGCUAGUGGAGAAACAGGCCCUAACAGGAGGAAUGCUGUCAUGCAAGAAGGAAAUACACAAAGCCAAAAUCUAGAGAAGAGAAAUGAACAAAUUGGCCCAGAAGUCAGAGACAUGCCAAACUUUACAAAUCCCGAUUGGAGAGGUCCAGGACCAAGUGUUGUUGGUCCUGAUGUAAGGGGUCAGAGGAAUCAAAAUGAAGGCCUAGGUCCACAUAUGAGGGACCCAGAUUGGAAAGGGCCAGGACCGGACGUAAGAGAUAAUUGGAAACCAACAGAGCCAGUCAGAGUAGGGUCAUUUAUGCAAGAUGACUGGAGAGUCCAUCAGUCUGAUAGGCCAGGCCCUGACAAGGAGAGCCAGGGGUCUGAGAAAAGAAGUGCUGGAGGCUUAGGAUUUAGACAACCAGGGCUUAAAAUGAGAAGUCCAAUCAUGCAGGACCUGAGACAGGAUAGAAGAGGACCAGGAGGUCCGGAUUUCAUGGGACCAAGACCUGAAAGGAGAGGUUCUGACAUGGAGGCCCCCAUGCAUGACAGGAGAGAACACAGAGGUCCAGAGUUCAAAGGAUCUGAAUGGCAAGGUACAACUAUGGACAAUCAAGGACCUAGCUUGAGAGUGCCAGGAGGUCCACAAUUUGUGGGACCGGGACUUGAAAAUAGGGGUGUAGCCGAGGAGGGUAUUGGGCCUGACAGAAGAGGAACUGAGGGUCCACAUUUCAGAGGUUCGGGGCCUGAGCGGAAGGUUCCUUCUAUAGAGAGCCAAGGGCCUGACACAAGAGGGCCAGCAGGUCCAGAUUUCAGGGGGCCCUGGCCUGCAAGGAGAGGUCCAGAUAUGAUUGGUACAGGGCCUGAUAGGAGAGGACAAAGAGGUCCAGAUUUCAGAGAACCAGGUUCUGAAAAGAGAGGUCCCAAAAUGGAGAUUCCUGGAACAGACAGGAGAGGACAUGGUCCAAGUUUCAGGGUACUAGGGCCUGAAAGCAGAGGCUCAUCUAUGGAGGCUUCUGGACCUGAGAAAAGAGGACCUGUUGGUCCAGAGUUCAGUGACCCAGGGCCUGAUAGUGGAGGUAGAGCAGAUUUUUGGGGACCAGGGUCUGAAAGGAGUGGCCAUCCUAGAGAAGGACCAGGACCUGAAAGGAGAGGCCCCGCCACUGAGGGUCCAAGGACUGACAGGAAAGGACCUGGAGGUCCAGAUUUCAGAGCACCAGCUCCUGAAAGCAAGGAAUUACCAAUGGUAGGUCUUGGGCCUCAUGGUAGAGGUCAGGGAAGACCACAUUGUAGAGAGGGUCCAGGGCCUGACAGAAGAGGUUCAGACUUAAGGGGAUCAUUGGUGGAAAGACUAGGUCCUGGUACGGAGACGUCAGGGCUCAACAGGAGAGGGCCAGGAGGUCCAAAAAUGGGGAGACCAGUGUUUCGGCAUGAAGGUCCAAAUACAGAGGGUCUAGGGCCAGACAUGAGAGGUGCAGAAGGUUCAAAUGUUAGGGAAUCUGGGCCAGAAAGAAGACCUCCAUAUAUGGAAAAUCCACAGUCAGAUAGGGGAGGACCACACUUCAGAGGAGUGGGGCCUGAUGCAACUGUUAUGAGGGGUCAGUGGCCCACUAUGAAAGGUCCACGAGGUUUUAUAGCACCAGGUUGUGAAAGCAGAGUUCCAGACAUUGAGGGUCAAGGUCCCGAUAGACAAGAAACAGCAGACUCAAGCUUCAGAGAACCUGGGCUUGAAGGGAGAGAUGUAGAGGGCCCAGGACCUGACUGGAGAGUAUCAGGUGAUCCAAACUUCCAAGGUCCAAAUAUUGAAGAUGUAAGACAUGAAGGAAGUGGUGACUGGGAAGGGUCUGACCCUCUUUGGGAAAGCCCAGGUUUAGAGUUCCCAAGAUUUGAUAGACCAUGUCAGAAUUUUAGGGGUUCAAGACCUAUGAGGAGAAACUUUAGAGGACCACGGCCAGACUGGGACCAGGGCUGUGCACCUGAAUGGAGUGGCACAGGCACUGAGGAGCAAUGGUCAGAUGGAAGAGGGCCCAAUAUGGAGACUUUAGGAAUUGAAAGAGGUUUUUCAGAAGAUGAUUGGGAAAGAGAUCACAGUUGCAGUUCAGGGCCUAUUCAACAAUGUUCAGAUGAGCAGGACCAAGAACAUAGUAGACAAAGUCUUUGUACUGGAUGGAGAGGCCGUGGAAGAAGGGGACCAGGGCCCAUACAGGAAAGACCAAAUAUAUUUCCAGGACAUGAAUGGAAUGGCCCUGGUUGCAGGCGUCCAGGGCCUAUUCAGGAUAAUCAAGAUAUGGAAUGCCCAGGGCCUAGUAGAGGAGGACAUGUAAAUAAAUGGAGAGAGCCUAAAAGAGGUGGUACAGGGCCAUUUUUUAGAGGGGAAAGGGAAUCACACAAUAGAGAAACAGAAUCGGAUACACAAGGGCAUCCAGAUAUGGAGAAUGACUGGAGGCAGCCAGACUUCAGGGGACACACGAGAAUACCAAACGCUGAAAGACCUGAGGCAUAUAGGAGAGGGCCAGACUCGAUGAAUUCAUACCCGAACAGGAGAGAAUUAGAGAUGGAAGGUGUUAAUAGAAGAGGCCCAGGAGGCCCACAUGUAAGACCCCCGAGGCCUGGAACCACAAAUUUAAACCCUGAAGGUUUAGAGUCUGAAAGGAGAUUUUCAGAUUGUGGGGAGUUAGGAUUUGAAAGACAUUGUGUAGACAUCGAAAAUUCUGGACCAGGUAGAGAAUUUGAGCAGGAUUUUAGAAGGGAAAGGAGAGGUCCAAAAAUGAGAAGGCUAGGGCCUGAUGAAACAGAUAUGAGUUCAAAUUUUAGACAUGGAGCUGUUAGGUUCCCUGGGUCUGAUAGAAGAGGUCCAGACAGGAUGGACCCAAGGAGAUUUGAGCCAUCAGAUGUCAGAGGCGAAGACAUGAGGGAUUGGGAACCAGAGCGGAGGGGUCAAACAGACAGUCAUGAAAGACCAGGUCCUCAUCAGGAUACUAGUUUUCAAGACACUAGUGAUCCAUGUCCAGUACCGUUCAGUAAGUCUGUACGUCCAGGUCUAAACAGAGGAGGAAGAUCAUUCCCUGCUUUUGAUAACCAACAAAAUCCGCAACCCAUAAGAGCCCAGAGACCGAGAGGUGCCUUACUUCCCACUCCAACAGAGGGUCGCACACAUUUCCCAAAUCAUGUGAUGAAUCAUGAGGUCUUCAUGAAACAAAAACAAAUGGGUCACCCAACAGCCGUAGAGCUGGGUAGAGGUAGACCAGUCAGACGACAAAGAGGGUGGGUAAGAGGACAAGGACGAGGAAGUCCACCUAUAGGUGUAAACAGAGGAGGAGGAGAAGAAACUAUGUGAGGGGACAAUUAAACUGAUCAAUGGGAUUUAAAGGGUGCACAGUGACGAAAAUGGAAGUGACUGUCAUUUGGGCCACUAAUGCUGAUGUGCUAGACCUGCAGAAACCUGCCGAGCAUCACUACACUGGAUAAAAAAAUGCUUAAGCAUUACUUACAUUGAAUGUAUUUUUUUCCUCAUGGAAAGUGGUUUCCUUGUCUUACUGAAAUUUCAGCUUGACCUGCAGACAAAGCCAUGAGAAAAUCUGACAUUGUAAUUUGUCACCGAAAUGCUCAGAGGCAGAAGUAUUUGUGUUAGUUUGUUUUGUUAUAUUCAAAGUAGAUAUGUUUAAUUUGUUUCUUGAUUAUGACUGAAUUGCCGCUUAAAAAUAACUGAGCAUUUGUAAAUUCAACUUCAUGUGUAUUUCUUACUGGAAAUAGUCAGAAAUGUUUUGUACAGAACAUGUACAGUUUCUUUGUUUUUUAACAGCCAUAGUGUCAGUAGAAUAGCCUUAAUUAUGGCUUGUUUCACUGUUACAAUUCAAGAAAUCAAUAAAGUGGCAUACCUUUUAA